AGAUGGCUGAGAACAAUCUCAGUAAUAUUGUUUCUUAACAAGCAAGACUUGUUAAAAGAAAAGGUGCGGGCUGGAAAGUCCAAGAUUGAGGACUAUUUCCCGGACUUUGCUCGGUAUAGAACUCCUCCAGAUGGUAAGAUAGACAAGAAUUUUUUAUGCCUUUUUCCCAGAGCAAAAACAGUUAUACUGUUAAAUUGCAAGCACUUCCCUUUGUUUAUCAUUGGUCAUGUAAACUGUUACCUGCUUGUUUCAAUUGAGUAAUUUAAAUUUACUGCUUUUGUUCAUCCCUUUGCAUCGUGCCAAUCACGCUCUGGUAAUCUUUAUGUAACCUCUGUCAAUACCACCCAAUAUGGCUUACGCUCCCUAAAAUUUGCCUCUCUUUGUUAGCUUUUAAUUUUCAGCAAUGAUAUCGGUACAGGACGGGCCCUUACUUAUAAGUCACCUGAUUAUUAGGUGCUUUAGGCAUGAAGUAGGCCUCACAUUUAUGAUGCUUUCUUUUGCAGCCACAGCGGAGCCUGGAGACGAGGAAUCAGUGACAAGAGCUAAAUAUUUUAUUCGUGAUGAAUUCCUUUGUAAGUAAAGAUUUUCCUUGACGUCUUAGAAUUUUCAAUCAUUCCCGGUUUUUUAGUUUCAUGAUAUACUAAAACAUCUGACACUUUUUGGAUUAUAUUCUUAUUUAUAUUCAAGAGUAAGAGACAGCAAUGGAUGUGCAGCUCAAACUGUAAAGUGGCUUAUUCAUUUGACGUCAUAGCGGUUCAUGUGCAUUCGUUCCAGCGGGAAAUUAUGUUCAUUCUUUGUCUCUGCCACUUCGUUAAGUUACGCCGAAUCGUUGUACGUCAUACUUGUCAUUUUGGCCGCGCGAUAGGGCGGACAUUCUUGAAGGCAAAAUCGCCAGUUUUGAGGGCAAAAACAUAGGUUUUGCAAUAUAAUUAACGAGUUUAAAUUUCAAAUACAUAUUUUGCACAUAUUGUAGAACUAAAAACGACAAAAAGAAAAUUCCUGUUGCAUACACUUCAAUUAAAUAAUAAAUAUAUGAAUAUGAACUAUUGGAACUGCGCGAAGAAGAAACAAAUUGCAAAGGAGAUCAUCAGUUUAUUGGGUAGAGCGCUCUACCGGUAUCCCAGAUAUCAGGAAUCGAAUCCCGGUAAGAUUGAAUUUUUGCAGUCUUAAUUCCUUCAACUUCAUAAUUUGCGUCACUGGGGUGACCUUCCUUGCAAUUUAAUCCUUCAUCAGGUCACUCAGGAUACACAAGUCACGUGCGGCGCCUAAUACGAAAACCCAAUCAUAUUGGGAGAGCGUACCCCCCUCCCCCUCCCCCCAUCCCUUACCAAUCGCUCAAACCUCUGGGGGAUGAUGGUAAAAUUAAAAGUUGAAUGAUGAAUACAUUGCAACUUUCAAAACCUUACCUACGUAUCAUCAUUGCACGCGCUUUAGGAUCAGUGGAAUAAAAGCAAUAUCACGUGGUAUUUCAGGGGGCAAUAAAUGAUAAAAUUUCCUAGUGCGAGUAUUUGCGGGAGAGUUUUUUAAUGCUCUCAAAACGAGACGACUAUUUUAGUUCGAGUUUCGACAAGUUUUACGUCAUUAUUGUUUGCUGUGAGAACAUCUAUGUUCGCUUCUGCGUACAGGAAAGAAACAGGCGAUUUCUUGCACUAGCAGCUUUUAUCACUUGUUUGCUUGUUUGUUUGAAACCACCUGACAUUUCUUUUUUAAGCGCAUGUCAAGAUGGCGGUAUCGUUAACAAGGUCUAAUGCAGACUCACGUUCGUUCAUACCAACAGGAAUUUAUUUACUUUCUUUAUCACUGCCACUGCACCUGAGCGUUCAGUUCCACCGAAUGUAAAUCCAUUAACGGUUGUAUUUUUACUUUUUUUCAGCGAAUCAGUACAGCCAGUGGAGAUGGUAAACAUUAUUGUUAUCCACAUUUCACAUGCGCAGUAGACACGGAGAAUAUUCGACGGGUGUUUAACGACUGCCGAGACAUUUUCCAGCGAAUGCAUUUGCGCCAGUAUGAACUUCUGUGA